AUGAGCCUGUCGCUGCGCAAUCUGCAGCGGGCCGUGCCCCUGCGGCGCGCGCUACUGCGCCAGAGGCUGCAGGCGGUGCGCGGGGCCCUGGGCGUGCGGGCCUUCGACCUGGGCGUUGUCUGCGUCGACAACCGGAAGAUUCAGCAGAUGAACAGGAUCUACCGAGACCAAGACACCCCGACCGACGUGCUCUCCUUCCCGUUUCACGAGAAUCUGAAAGCAGGUGAAAUCCCCCAGCCCGACUUUCCAGAUGACUAUAAUUUAGGAGACAUUUUCCUGGGUGUGGAGUUUAUCCUCCAGCAGUGCAAGGAAGAUGAAGAUUACUAUGACAUCCUGACUGUGACUGCCACCCAUGGGCUCUGUCACCUGCUGGGCUUCACACACAGCACGGAGGCCGAAUGGCAGAAGAUGUACCAGAAGGAGAAGCAGGUUCUCCAGGAGCUGAACAAGCAUAUGGGGACCAGGCUGCAGCCCCUGAGCAGAGGCCUCUUCUGACGGAGCCCUUGAAUUUUAGUACAGAAUGUGAGCAAGUGUCCUGACCUGAAUCUGAGAGAAGGCCACCGCACGGUCCAUCAGCAGCCAGGCCAUCUGCUGGCCACAGGGCGUCUUGGUUCUGUCUCAUUCCACUGGUUGCCCCCACCCCCUGCCCUCCUCACCCAGACACAUGCUGCCUGGUCCCAGUUCAGUUCAGUUCAGUUGCUCAGUCAUGUCCAACUCUUUGCAACCCCAUGGACUGCAGCACGCCAGACCUCCCUGUCCAUCACCAACUCCCAGAGCUUGCUCACACUCAUGUGCAUCGA